AUGGACAUAAGUCCACCGUCAAAGACCCAAGUGACCACUCGGCAAAUCCCCGAGUGGCACCAUUUACCGAACACUUCGAUCCAAUCCAAGCCGCUGAUGAUAUACCAUGGAGCCUUCAAUGCCACAUCCACGGAGCCCAAGAAGCAUCUGGAGGCAGUAGGCGAGGUUAUUCCUCAAUGGGUAUAUAGCAUGUACAGCCAAACCCACUUCCACACCACAACGCACGAGGUGCUCGGUGUCAUUUCGGGGAGUGCGCGGCUUUGCUUUGGAGGUGAAGAGAACCCUGAUCGAUUCGAGCCGCAGGUCCAGCGCGGCGAUUUGAUCAUUGUAUCCGCAGGGGUGGGUCAUCGACUCCUAGAGGACCUUUACGGGAACCAAGAAGAGUUCCAAAUGGUCGGCGCAUAUCCACACGGAAAACAGUGGGAUAUGUGUUAUGGGACACCGGAAGAGAAAGCAAAGAUUCAGAGAAUCAAGGAUGUGGCUUGGUUCCGUCAAGAUCCGUUGUAUGGCGUCAAUGGCCCUGCUUUGCACGUCUAG